AUGUGGGGCGGUGGCUUUGAGAGCUUCUUUGGCGGCGAUGGCCAUGGCCAUGGCGCGCCGCGCGGCAACGUCGACAACUCCAAGUACUAUGAGACGCUCGGCGUGGCCAAGACAGCCUCGGAGGUGGACAUCAAGAAGGCCUUCCGCAAGCUUGCGCUCAAGAACCACCCGGACAAGGGCGGCGAUCCCGACCUUUUCAAGGAGAUUACGGUCGCGUACGAGGUGCUCUCGGACCCGGAGAAGCGCGAGAUCUACGACAAGUUUGGCGAAGAAGGCCUCCAGCAGGGCGGCGGCGGUGGCGGUGGCGGCGCUGACAUCUUUAGCCAAAUGUUUGGCGGUGGCAUGCGCCAGCCGCGUGGCCCGCCGCGCGGCGAGGACCUCACGCACCCGCUCAAGGUGUCGCUUGAGGAUCUGUACAACGGCAAGAUGGUCAAGCUCGCGGUAAACCGCGAUGUGCUCUGCGGCAGCUGUGAAGGUCGUGGCGGCAAGGCCGGUGCGGAGAAAAGCUGUGGUACGUGCAACGGCCGUGGCAUGCGCAUCCAGCACCGCCAGAUUGGGCCCGGUAUGGUCCAGCAGGUCCAGUCGGUCUGUCCCGACUGCCGUGGCCAGGGCAAGACAAUCAACGAGUCGGAUCGCUGCAAGGCGUGCAAGGGCAACAAGGUCACAAAAGAGCGCAAGGUCCUCGAGGUGCAUGUUGAACCUGGCAUGCGCCACGGCCAGCGCAUCACGUUCAAGGGCGAGGCCGACCAGGCGCCUGGUACGAUUGCCGGCGACAUCGUCUUUGUCGUUCAGGAGAAGGAACACGCGACCUUUCAGCGCAAGGGCGCCAACCUUAUCAUGGAGAAGAAGAUUUCGCUUGUCGAGGCGCUGUGCGGCUUCGAGUGCUACAUUGAGCACCUGGAUGGCCGCCACUUGCACAUUAAAACCAAGCCCGGCGAGGUCAUCAAGCCGAACCAGUUCAAGGCGGUGCACGGCGAAGGCAUGCCGCAGCACGGCAACCCGUUCGUGAAGGGCCAGCUCGUCAUCUUGUUCAAGAUUGAAUUCCCGACGCAAAUGACGCGCGAACAGCAACGCCUUAUCAUGUCGGUCUUCCCGCCUGCGGCCGCGCCGCGCCGCCUCUCGGAGGCGGAAGAGUGCUUCCUCGGCGACUUUGAUGCGGAGGCCGCCAAGCAAGAGGCCCAGCGGGAGGCGUACGACUCGGACAACGACGACCGGGGCUGCCCCCGCUCAGUGCCAGCAGCAGUAA